UUGAGAUAAACAGACAUGGAGCGCAUGGGAAAGAUUGUGUUUUACGAAGAUAAAAACUUCGAAGGUCGUUAUUACGAAUGCGGCACCGACUGCCCUGAGCUAAACACCCACUUCAGGCGAUGCAACUCUGUUCGAGUGGAGAACGGGGCCUGGGUCCUGUACGAGAGGCCUAACUACCUGGGCUACCAGUACGUCCUUACCAGGGGCGAGUACCCAGAUUACCAGCGCUGGUUGGGCUACAAUGACAGCAUCAGAUCGUGCCGGAUGAUUCGAAAUCUGUCUGGUGUGUUCAGGGUUCACGUUUAUGAGUGCCCUGAGUUCAGCGGUCAGAUGCUGGAGUGCAUUGAAGACAUCAACAACCUUCCUGACCGCUGGAACCUCCGGGAGAUCCACUCUGCCCAGGUGCAUGACGGUGCCUGGGUCUUCUUCGAACUUCCCAACUACCGCGGAGGGCAGUAUCUACUGGAGAAAGGAGAGUUCUGUCGCUUCACAGAUUGGGGUGCCAUGAACCCCAACGUGGGGUCUAUACGACGAGUUUACGACUCAUAG